CUACCGUGAACCGUGAAGCCAUGUUGGCAGACACUCUCUUUAAGCUCUUGGGCAAGAAAAUUAUGAAACAGUUGACAAAACGGAAAUUGGAAUUCUAAACAUUCGAAACGCGAGAUGUCUUUCACAUCACCGACAAAUACCACAAAUAUGUCAAACGGGAACUCUAUCCUCGCUAGGGCAAGUGAAGGCGACAAUACGAAGGGGACAGAAGAUGUUGAGAACGAACUCUGUUUAAGUAGUAAGUACAAUCACGACUUGGUGUUGACGCCUAGAACAGAAGCGUCCACUCCAGAAUAUUUGGACCCUAAGACAAAUAGCGUCAGUAGCAGCGAUGGAAUUAAUUGUGUGAUUAAGUCACCAAGAGAUGCAUCAUCAUCGGAAUCGUCUGCCGACGAGGAGCAAGAUCUAAAGCUUCAGCGACACAUGAGCCAAACAGAUAACCAUAUCUGCAUGCUUGAUCGUAAUGGAGAUUUGAACGAGGUGGCAGGAUCUCAAUCUAUGCUCUCACAAGAGCUCAUGGACCACGGAAACGACCACAGUGAUAGUAAUAACUCAGGGGAUGAAGAAGCUACCGAGACGAGCACUGCGCCUUGUUUGUUGGAAGACCUAGGUUUGAAAAAGGGAUCACAACCAGAAUCUUCGAUUGGAAUAGCAAAACGACUUGGUUUGCUGCCACAUACUCAAGAAGAAGGAGGAGAAGAAUCCCAGGUCGAAGACGAUGAAGGACUUUAUGCUAGACAUAAAACUCAGUCGCAUCGAGUCCAAGUACUGAAAGCUGUUGAUGACAACAAACAAGUUGAAGAAGACCAACAUGUUGGGUCAACGAAAACAUCCCCUCGAAAUGACAUCGUGGAUAAAGAUUACGAAUUCCAAUUUCAGAAAACAGAGGCAGCACGGGCUACCAGAGCUAUUUCUUCCUCUCAAAGAUUAUUAGAUGAUUCAUCAAGGAAGACACCUAUUUCUGGUCUAGAACUUCUCACGCAAGUGGGAAUCAAGGAAGCGAAUAAAGCUGCAGCUAUGACGUCAAAUGGCCAUGCCAUUGACAAUGAAAAUGUUUCUAAUAAAGCCAUUGCAGUAGCUGCGAUGAUAAGUAUUCCGAAAACAACGGUUUAUCCAAAUGAGGGAUUUGGUUCCCUGUUAGAUGCGGUUGCCAAGAUCACGGAACAAGAAGCGUCGGGUUUAGACUGCAGCAUGGAUUGGGUAUCCUCCCAGGCUUCAAACGAUGCACCUACAAGAACAAAACGUGUAAAAAAGCGUAAGAAGCCGCCAGUAGAUUCGAAAGGCUCAACUACAAAAGUUCAGAGAAAGAGUGAGACGCAAAAACUGAAAGAGAAAAUACGCAGAGAGAAGAUCGAACUAGAGAAUGAAAGAGCCCAAGCUACCGCCAAAAGAGCGGCAAUAGUUGCCGAACAUACCACCACGGACCCUGUUAUUGCUAAAAAGUUGCUUCUAAGCAUGGCUUUAGCACGAGAAAAUCCAAGAAGCAUUCCUAAAACUUUACCGGGAAAGGGCCACGUAGUUCAAAAAAGUUUCUUUUGGGUGAGUGCGCUGUACCUCGUUGGUACCAUCAAUUGUAUUUACUUCUUGGUAUUCGUCCAAACAUAUUUUUGGACAAAUCAAAUAAGCUAACCGGCCAUCGUCCCAUAUUUUGUGUUAAGGCUCACUACCCUCCACUAGAGAUGGUUUUAAAGAAACACAUGGCUGAAUAUUAUGAAUUAUCUACACACCAAUGUCAAUCAAGAGAGCAGCAAGCAUUCAAUAACUAUAUGGUUGACCUUGUAAAGGAUGUCGCAGAUCAACAAGAGUGGAAAUUCGCUGAUUCUUUCUGUGAUAAAAGUCUUCGCGACAGAAUUCGAUGUUAUUAUAAGACGCAUAUUCAAAACGCGAAGAAACGUCUUCGUACGAUGGUUCGCAAUCCGACGAAGAAGGCUAAUGCGAGACAUUUAUGCGAGCACUUGGAUUUGAUCCAAAAGCAUCGUGUAGAGGAAGGCACUUCCAAAGCAAAACCAGAACAAGGAAAUGAAAAGAAUAAAAAGAAGUGAACUACCAUUCUUCAUUGAAGUGCCGUUGAUCGCAAACAACGUUCAUUCUCGUUCAACCUUACCCCAAGAUUGCAACAAUUGUUUCGAUGAUUUAAAAUUAUUUUUGUUACCAUUUCAGCCAUGCGGGCAGCUUCCGGGUCACCAGGCUACAAGAAUUACUCCCAGAAGUACGAUAUGCUAGAAGUUGGUGACCRGUUUCGGAGCAAAAGAAACUGCGUGCGUUGAACUGUAAAUUCGAACCCAUCUUAGCGUCGAAAAUAUGCAUGCGUAUUGACAAUGCACAUGAUACAAAGGGAACAAACUACAGCAAAUACUAUCGGGCUGGAUGAUACACAGAACAAGUGGAAAACUAGUGCAGACUGCUAUGAAGAUUAGAAAUKGGAUGAAUAGUAAAAAAGUAAUUGAAGAUUGUCUAGUAAUAAGAAAUUACCGUCAACAUGCACAAUUUGGAACGACUCCAAAACCAAUGAACGAGCGGGCCUUUUGGAUGGCAGAAAUACAAUAUAUACAUAGCGGUCAUCGAGAAUAAGAAGUGCGCGAAUUAGACCGAAGAACAAAUAAAACAUGAAGAAACUCAGAGAAGCUUAAUCGGUCGUGGACAUCUACCACUCGAUCGUCGUCCUGUCUUCGAUCCCUGGCUUGUCGAAAUAAGUCGCAAACGACCACGGGUUCUGGGGUGAUAUCGUCGUUCAUGAAAGCGUAACUCACUGCUCGUUGGCAGUCCGACAAAGAUAAGCUCCCUACAUGAUCAUUAUCAAAAGCAUAGAAGAAAUGCCUGGCAAAAUUGAUUGUCUCUGUGUUGAGUUUGAUCCCGGUUUCUGAUUCCAAAAGUUUCGCAGCAUGAGCUUCGUCUUCGAUGAAACAUUUCAUCGAGUUUUCUUGAGUGUAAUCUAUUUGAUUAUUCACUUGAGUCCAUGUUUCACAGAGUGUAUGCAUAUCAUAUAACACAUGUGCUAUCACACACGGAAGGAUAUCACCUCCGGCUAUGAGGUAGACGGCACCAUACCAUAGACCGAUGACUGACUGAAUCAGUAAAUUCAUCUUGUUUUCUUCAGGAUGUGCGUUCUGAGACAGAUGUCCGAUCGAAAAAAGAGCAGCCUGUCCGAAAAGAGCCAACAGAACAGAGUUUGUUACGGAUGACAUUACUGUUGGAAUAUAUCCUCGAAAAAUAAUUUCUUCUGAAACACCAGACGAAAUUGCAAUCAAUGCAGAUAGAAACAUCACUUGGAGAGACGCCGACGCUGUAGGUUCCAUUUCUGACUUUCGUCUCCCAAAUAGACUAAUCACCAUAUCUAUGGUAGCGAAAUUCAUCUUUGACGCGCUUCUAUUAUCUGAAGAUUCGAUAAGACUCCCAAGRCCAAUCAAAGGUAUUGCUGCAAUUAUUCCUUCUGUCAAGCGAAACGAUGUCGGUUGCCAGUCAAACAGUGAAUGGAAGUCUUGUGCAUUAUUCCAAUGCAGACCAGACAUCUCCAACGGGCUAUCUCCAAAAAAAGAAGCAACCAGAGCGACAGAAGAGGCCAUCAGAAACAGAAUGGUUUGGUUAACGCAAAUGUAGUUGAUAAGUGGUAUAGAUACCGCAGUCAAAGUCGACGAAGCAUUGUCUUCAAAGGAUUGUGUUGUUUUUGCAAUCUUUGGGUUCUUCACAACCACUUUAUGCUUUGGCCCGAAAUCUUYACAACCAUCAUUGUAGUACAAUGGAUUAGAUGAGUGAAGAUAAUAAAAAGUUCUAUCCGAC